AUGGCUGCUUCAGAGAAAUUCGAUGAGAAGGGCCGUCUCGAAGCUGUAGAAGACCUCACUCGUGCUCUUGACUUUGAAACUACAAGUACAGAAGCAUGGCUGGCCCGCUGGCUCGCCAAUAUCAAUUGGUCCGAGAGCUCACCAAGGAGGCUGGUAGUGACAGAAUCAAAGAACUCGUUGCUCCAGACAGCACAGUGA